GCGAGGCUGAAGACACGUAUACGUCUAUUUUCAAACACACCGGCGGGGAAAAGACCACGUUCAGCCUGCCACAUUCAGACGACGUCCGUAACGCGCUACAGCGUAGCCAAUGUAGUAGCCUGACAUUCUUUUACUCUCCCUUUGAGAAGGGAGACGUUAAUGUGAGCAACAGUUCGGACGUUAAUCUAAGAUGGCCAACCGCUUUGUUGUGUUGCCAAUUUAGCUUAGCUAGCUAAGCUAACUAUUUAAUAAACUAUGUUAGCUAGCUGCCAUAGGCAGAGUGGGACAAGCAGUGUCAUGUAAAAACACUGGGCGGACAUACUAAUGUAACGUUAGCACCGCAAUAGCCAAAGGUUCCCAUUAUACUAAAAUACACUCGCUUGCUUCUAAGAUAAUAAUAAUAAUAGUUCGGUAGCAAGCUAGAUGGCUAAAUAAGAGACGUGGAGACAGAAAAUGUAGCGGUCAGCUACAUUGGCACCAAUACAGUCUGCGUUUGCCUUGUUCAGUUUUGAAUUGGUAGCGUUAUCUUAUCACCUUCAAGAUGUAGCUACGCAUCUGUGUCUUACCUCGUGUAGUGGCUAGGGUCGGUUACUGGAUUUUAAUAUGCCGUCGGAGCAGGGGCCGGUGCGCCUAGGUCGGAAAAGACCGUUAACCCCUUGCCCCAACCCUCUUUUCCUUCAGUGGUUAACUGAGAUGCGUGAUCACGCCAAAGAGAAGGGGCUGAAAACGCAGUAUGUGUAUCAAAAGGCUAUUAACUCUUUGAAGAAGUACCCUCUUCCACUGAAAAACGGCAAAGAGGCAAAGAUCCUACAGAAUUUUGGAGAUGGUAUUUGUAAGAUCCUGGAUGAAAGGCUUCAGAACCACUACAGAGAAAACGAUGUCCACGCUGAUGUUCAUUCCCUUUCAAGUGGUUUUACUACAAAUCAGCCCCACGGCAACCUGCACCCUGACAAAUCUGCAUCACAUUCUUCGAAGGAACCUUUGGGAAUAAGUGAAGGAAGCAUGAGGAAAGCAGAAGGUAUUAUCAGAAAGGAAGGUGGAGUAAAGAAGAAGAGGGAGUAUGUACCCCAGAAAAGAUCUGGAGCCUAUGCUGUUCUGCUCACGUUGUACAGGAACUCACAGUUACCUGGCAGUAAAGGCUUCAUGUUUAAAAACGAACUGCAGAAUGAGGCACAGUCCAUCUGUGAUAAAUCCUUCACUGUGCCUGAUCUAGGCAGUAAAUACACAGCAUGGUCCUCUGUAAGCACCCUUAUCCAGAAGAACCUACUCCUGAAGACCCACAGCCCUGCAAGGUAUUCAUUGACUGAGCUGGGUCUAGCUCUAGCAGAGAGACUGGAGUUUGAAGAAAGAGGGGAUGAUUGUGGACGAGACAAGGAGAAGGCGACUCUGGCUGAGGAGUCGGGAGAUGGACCAGUUACCAUUAACCUCACUGUGAAUGAGGGGGAAUGGGAAGAAGAGGAUAUAGCUGAAAACAACUGUAUCCCAUCAGAGGAGCCAACUGCAGCCACCACAGUAAACCAGGCAGAAAAUGUUCCAACAUGCUCAGGUCUUUCCGGAACAGGCAGAGAUGGCCACCUUCUCCCUGGCUCUUAUGACAUUGUGCUGUGUGUUGACUUCAUUGAAACUACUGGAGGAAACACAGCACGCAAACAAGAGCUGGUUAAAGAGCUGCAGAAGAAUGGAGUGAUAUUUGACAUCAGGAAGCUUAAUGUGGGAGACUUCCUGUGGAUUGCUCGUGAGAAAGUGGAACCUGUUCCAGGUCAGUUGCGCCCACCUGUGGCAAAAGAGCUGGUCCUCGAUUACAUCAUAGAGAGGAAGAGGAUAGAUGAUCUUUGUGGCAGCAUCAUGGAUGGUCGCUUCAGAGAGCAGAAGUUCCGUCUGAAGAGGUGUGGCCUUCGUAAGCCCAUCUAUCUGGUAGAAGAGUGUGGGUCUGCGGCAGCUCACAUGAGUCUACCAGAGAGCACUUUACAGCAAGCUAUAGUUAACACACAGGUGGUGGAUGGCUUCUUUGUAAAGAGAGUUCAAGACGUUAGGGAAUCAGCUGCCUACCUCACAGUUAUGACCAGACAUCUGCAGAAACUUUAUCAGAACUGCACACUGUUCUGUCGCUCCAGAGAACUGGAGGGAGACAUAGAGUGUGACAUGGAGAGCCCUCAGUGCUCACUCAUCUCCUUCACAGAGUUUAACCAUGGAGCUGUGAAAAACAAGUGUCAGACAGUUAGGGAGGUGUUUGCCAGGCAGCUGAUGCAAAUCAGUGGAAUCUCUGGUGAUAAAGCAGCUGCCAUUUUGGAGCACUACAGUACGGUGAGCAGUUUGUUGGAUGCAUAUGCCCAGUGUGUCACAGAAGCAGAGGGAGAAAAGCUCCUCUCCUCCAUCAAAUAUGGUAAACUCAAAAGAAAUCUUGGCCCCGUGUUGAGCCGUACUGUAUACCAACUCUACUGUACACGUGGACCCUUGUCCUAACUCUAAUCACAUUAUACAAAACUGCAAUGCAGUGCACCACAUUUGUGUUCUUUAUACUCUAUUUUUAGAAGAUUGAUGUUGACAAAAUCUGAAUAAAAUACAUGUUUGAAUUUAA